AAAAAAGAAGAUUGAAGAACAAGUACAACGUUGUCGUCCCUCAAACUAGUUCCAGGGUACUUCGACACCAUACAUCACAUGGAACUCAAACUAGUUCUGAUUCUAACGCUUAUCUCUGCAACUGUCACAGCAGAAUACAUUCGCCCCCAACCUCGAAAAACCUUACACAUCCCAUGGCCAUUGGAUUCAAAUUCCAAAUCCCAAUCUUACCCUCAUCAGGUACAUAUUUCUCUGGCAGGAGACAAGCACAUGAGAAUUACAUGGAUUACUGAUGAUAAGCACAAUUCACCUUCAUUUGUACAAUAUGGAAUAUUACCUGGGAAAUAUGACUCAAUUGCUGAAGGAGAGUCCACCUCUUAUAACUAUCUGUUAUAUAGCUCAGGGAAAAUACACCAUACUGUAAUUGGGCCUUUGGAAGACAACACUGUGUAUUUCUACAGGUGUGGUGGGCAAGGUCAUGAGUUUCAGCUUAAAACUCCUCCGGCUCAAUUUCCGAUCACUUUUGCCGUGGCCGGGGAUCUAGGUCAAACCGGUUGGACUGAAUCGACAUUGGAUCAUAUCGACCGAUGUAAAUAUGAUGUAUACCUGCUUCCGGGAGAUCUUUCAUAUGCUGAUUGUAUGCAGCAUCUAUGGGACACGUUUGGUAAGCUAGUGGAGCCACUUGCUAGUACAAGGCCAUGGAUGGUCACAGAAGGAAAUCAUGAAGAGGAGAGCAUGUUAUCGUUGAUGGAUGGGUUUGUUUCCUAUAAUUCAAGAUGGAAAAUGCCAUUUGAGGAAAGUGGAUCAACUUCAAAUCUCUAUUACUCUUUUGAAGUUGCGGGUGUCCAUGUUAUCAUGCUUGGCUCUUAUGCAGAUUAUGAUGUUUACUCAGAACAAUAUAGAUGGCUAAAGGAAGAUUUGUCAAAGGUGGACAGGAAAAAGACACCCUGGCUGCUUGUGUUGUUUCAUGUGCCAUGGUAUAAUAGCAACAAGGCUCAUCAAGGUGCUGGGGAUGAUAUGAUGGCAGCCAUGGAGCCAUUGCUUUAUGCUGCUGGUGUUGAUUUAGUUAUUGCUGGUCAUGUUCAUGCUUAUGAACGUUCGAAACGUGUGUAUAAUGGAAGACUAGAUCCCUGUGGUCCAGUACAUAUAACUAUUGGGGAUGGAGGAAACAGAGAAGGCUUAGCUCAUAGGUAUAUAAAUCCCCAGCCAAAGUGGUCAGAAUUCCGUGAAGCGAGUUUUGGUCAUGGUGAGCUGAGGAUUGUAAAUUCCACUCAUGCCUUCUGGAGUUGGCACAGGAACGAUGAUGACCAGUCAGUACAAGCUGAUGAUAUCUGGAUAACCUCUUUGGUCAGCUCAGGAUGUGUUAAUCAGAAGAGUCAUGAACUCAGGAGUAUGCUCAUGAAACCCUAAAAGCCCAGGCCUGCAAUUGUCAUUCCUUAACUAGGUGAAAUGGCAAGUGUUUGGUUCAUGUAUAUAUAAACAAUGAGACAAUUCCUCAAAUUAUUUAUAUAUCACUACUAGUAGCUUGAUUGUGCAAGGCUUCUUUCAGCAGAAUGAGUAAAUUGGGGUGUUUCAGUACAUAGCUGCCGGUUGUCCAUGUAUUUUACUACUCAAGGACUUGUAGUGAUUUUUAUUCUGUGAAGUGUAAGGCUAGUUGUCUCUUUGCAUCGAUGCUGCUGCUAUUGUCUGAACUUUGUUAGAUUGGUUUCUAACAUUCUAUAUAGGAAAACUAAAACUUUGUUGCUUA